AUGCCCCUCACAAUUAAGAUAAAACUCCUCCGUGCUUUGUCUGUGAUCCAAUGCUGGUUAUCUUUGUGGCUGAUAGUGCUCGGAAUCGUAGAAAUUGUGCGGGUAAAAUGGAGAUUCAGUGGGCUUGGAAUGCCCAUAUGGACUGGAGUGUUGGUAUGCAAACAAAUUCGUUUUUUAUUGCCUAGCUCACGAUAUCUUGGCGAAUUGUCCUCAAAAGAAACGUUGUGAGGUUUUUCCUGUAAUCAAAUAUUUGAGUUUGUGUUUAUUUGAUUUCAUAUAGUAUGUUAUUGAAGCAUAAAUUAGAUUCCUUUUAUAUCUUCGAACCUUCCUGAAAGAAAGCGAGAUACGAUUGAUCGAUUAAAGAUAUUUUGACAGGACUACUUGGGGGUGUAUACAUAUGGGAGAUCGUGGAAGAAAUACAUUUAGAUGAACAGUUUGUAUCCUGGAUGAGAUUAUUUUAUUUAAACCCAAGUUUUUUUCAUAAGAGACUCUAACUUUGAUGACAGACGACACAUAGAUUUUAGAUAUGUUUCUGUGGGUAAUUUGGACUUCAUGGACGCCAAAAUUCACUGAAUGUGAUCAUAGUUUGUCCCUUCUUUAGUGAACUGAGCUUUAAUCGCCCCCAUUGCCUCUCAGUGUAGUAUAAUCAGUGUAGUGUAUGGAUAAUACAAUGGGAUCAUAGAUCCAAUAAUGCAACAUGGAUUUUGAAUGUACAUGUAUUUGUCACAUAACCAACCACCCCUGUGUGGGGUAAGUGGGGUAGCUAUGGCGGUGCUUGUACAGGAUAAGGUAUCCAAGGUGAUUCCUCUGAAAAAAAAGUUUUCGACCAUUUUUUUUAAACUUUCCUUACAUUUUCUGUUUUAAAAGAUUAAAUAAAAAAGAUAGGUCACUCACCUGCUUGUUUAACCCUGUAACUCCCAUGAUCUCAUUAGUAAUUCUCCUUACUGUCUGCCAUACAGUUCUUGAUGUUCGUUUGGAGAAUUUGGUAUUGAAUCAGCUUUUAAUCCCCUAACUGAUAUUUUUCUUUAUUCUUGUCACUUGUCUGCUUGAUAUUGUAUCGAUAUUGUAAGGAGAAAUUCUGUCUUGAUCACUCAUAGGAGUUGAAGGAUUAAGAGACAAUAAUUUUGAUGCCGGCCUAACUUGUACUGCAUUAAUCCCAUGCAUCAUUUCAUUGAUUCAUAGUACAUUUUGCUGUAGCUAGAGGCUAGGGAUUUAAAAGUUACACUUAAGAAAAAAAAACUUCAUGGGUAGAAAGUCUUAAGUGUGCAGAACAAUGUGAAAUAUAAUUUUUGGAGAAAUCACGCAAUUUUAAAUGGUCAUUGACCUAAAACAUUCCUUAAAUUGUGGCUUUCAAGGUCAAAAUUUGCAUCCAUGAGUGACAAGCUUCAUGCAUGCUUUUAGCUUUAUCUUUUUUCCCUGUGAUUAAUGUUUAAAAAUUUCUUCAAUUUAAGGGGAAAAUAUUCCACCACAAUUCUACAAUAAAAAGUUUAGCUCACUGUGCUUGUUGAAGAACUACAUGUGAAGACCAUUGGAUGUCUUUACCUGGUUUCACUCAUUGAAAACAAUACAGUUUUCUUGGAAUGCAUGGGUGCUUAUUCACCUGAUUACAUGAUUUUUAUGCACAGUACAAGAUGCGCAGUGCAAUACUGAGGAAUCACCUCGAGAUUAAGUAGAAGUCAAUGUUGAAAUAUCGCCAGUAAGUAAACAAUGGUGUAAUUAACUCAGCUAGUGUUAACCCUCUGCCCCCCAAGAGUGACUAGCAUCUAAUUUCUCCCUACAAUAUCAGCCCUGAAUCACACAUUAAGGUUAUGAGAAUAAAGGAAAUGAUCACCAACUAAAGAAGCUCUUGACUGCUAAGAAAGUUUUCCUUGUCAGCACCUUAGAGAACAGUUAAGAAAAAAUGCAUACUGAUGUCAGGGUGUAAAGGAUUAAAAGUUGAAAAUAUUUUUGUUUCCUGCUGAUUUUCUGUUUUUGCACAGGAAAAAAAGCUGUUACAAUAGUUCUAAUCAUCUGCCAUAAUUUUGAGCAGUUCAAUUUUACAGUUUUUGGACAAGAUUCAAAUUUCUGAAUUCUGCACCUCCUAUGUUUUCAUCUGCAGGUUGCUCUUACUGGUUCAUUUGGUGUUUUGAUAACUUUUAAAUUUCUGCAAAAGUCACAGGGAGUGGUAACUAUUCCUCAAUAUUUAGUAAGUUUAAACUUGAUUGUUCAUUUUGAACCUGAUUUAUGCUAUUUAAUGUGGUUUGACUAUACCUGUAAGUGUAGAAUUCUUCAAAAUCUAUUUAGACUGCAAACAAGUCUUAAACAUUCAAUUGGUAUUUCAUGUUUGCCAGGUACAGUGGUUACAGUUUUGUACCUUGACAUUCUUUUACUUUUAGUAAGAGUAAACCUAUGUUGUACCUGAUUAUUUUUUACUUGAUGUACAUGUAUUCCAUAUAUUGUGGUUGCCGUGAUGUAAACCUAUCUUGUAGCUGAUCAUUUUUUACUUGAUGUACAUGUAUUCCAUAUAUUGUGGUUGCCGUGAUGUAAACCUAUCUUGUAGCUGAUCAUUUUUUACUUGAUGUACAUGUAUUCCAUAUAUUGUGGUUGCCAAUGGACCUCCUCUACAUUUUAGUAGUACAUGUAAGGUUCAUUUUAUUCUUUGCUCAUGCCAUUUAUAAUGGUAAUAGGACUGAGUGGAGGCCAGUUCAGUCUGUAAUUAUACAAGUGAUUACAAAAUCGGAUUACUGCACAAUGGGAGUCCAAUUUGUUAAUCACAAGUAUGAUUACGGACAGAAUUGGGUGAAAGAAACUAUGGGCACUGGUUAAAGGUUUUCAUAAAAGAAAAAACAACUUACACUGAAAAAUCCAUGACAACAGCACCUGUAUGCACAUGACAUUUAUUGCUCACUUACACAAGCAUGAUAUGUCAACUGUCAUAUUACACCGUCCAAUUACAAGCAUGACACAUGCACCAUCCUGUUAGUGCUCAAAUUGCACUGGUAAUAACCAGUCAUGUUCAAUAAUUUUAUCACAGUUUUGAUGAAAGUGGUUACCUUAAGAUUUGUUAACUUUUAGUGAGUGAGAACUUGGUUUCUUAUAAUUAACUUCUUGUAUUCAAUGUGGUUACCAUGAUAGACUUCUUCAACACUUAGUAACUGUUAAUGCUAGUUUCAAAUGUUCAUUUUGUACUUUGUGCAUGCCAUCUAAAUGGUUACCCAGAGAUUCUUUAAACCUUUAACUCCCCAAGAUCUGAUUGUUAAUUCUCCCUUCUAACUGCUACACAUUUCCUUGUAAAUAAGUUACAAGAAUUUGGUGUUGGAUCAGGAUAACAAUUUGUACCUGAUAAGUUUGAAUAUUCUCAUUACCUGUUUGCUGGAUAAUUUUUAGAUAUUGCAGGUUACAUGUUUAUCACUUCUGGGAGUUAGAGGGUUAACAUCAAGUGUAAACUUAUUUGGUUAUUUUGUAUUUUUAUCAGGGCUGGGUUGUUCAAAGCUUGGUCAAGAUACAUGUAACUAAAGGUUCUUGUGAAAUCUGAUUUCAGAUCUGAAAGCUUGAAAAGAAACUUUAGUAUAAUUGUUUUUGUCAAGAACUUGAUUAUUGGAUGCUCUUAAGAAAAAAGAGAAAAAAAAACUAAAAAAAUGCUGAAAAGGAAUUUGGAAAAAAGAAACUCAGAUUAAAAGUUAACCUUGGGUUAGCAGUAAUGGGUCUUUAAACAACUAAGUCCUGAAAUGUUUGCUUAUCUGUUGUGGUUGCCAUGGAAUUCCUAAAUAUUUAGAGAGUGUAAACACACAGUACUCAAGUUGUUAAACUUCUACAAACUCCAUUUUUAUAUUUCAAGGCAAUGACAUUGAUGGGUUUCUCCCUGGUGUGUGGUAUUCUCUCAAGCAUGAUCAUGUUUAAUUAUGGGCUGGAAUUGGCUGUGGCAGGCCAAAGGUCAUUUCUAUAUUAUACCUCUGGCAACCGUGAUUUUGAUGACAACUCCUUCACCGCUGCUAAAGCACCUCUUGCUGUUGAUGCUCGUUACAAUGAGGAGCAUGCCCUUGUGGGUUCCAUCUUUGCAUUCACUUUGCUGGAAAUGAUUGCAGCUUUAUGGUCUGCCGCCCUCUGCUUUGUCAAUGAUCAAAAGUCAAUGGACAAGAAUGAAGAUGUAAGUUUCACAUUUGAGAGCUCAUUGACAAAGAUUUUGAUACAUAGUUAGUAUAUCAAGUAAAGUGAUGAUCAAUAAGGACAACAAACAACAAAAUUUAUGUACCUCUGAGUCAGCAAUUAAGAUGCAUAUCACACUAUCCCUACCUGCAAAAUAGCAAAGCUAUUGAAGGCGAGAGGGAAAUAAACAUUAAUAUAAAAUCUUCAAGAACAAGUUGAACUGAACUGAAAGGAUCCAUGCAAGUGAAUGGAAAUUUUUGGUAUAUGCAAAAAAGAACCUAGGAAAAAAUCAGGCUUUGAUGAGUUUUGAAUCUUUGCCGUCCAGCUUAUACAUGUAUUUGGGUACUACCACAACUGAGCUGUGAUUAGCUAAUUUUGAGAGGGUUCUCAAUCUUCUUCCCUGUGGAGGAAUCUGAUGGAAUUUAUUUCAUUAAAAUUGUUAUCAGAUAGGUACAGAGUGGGCAAAUAUUCUAGAGAUGCCUCUUGGGGAAAGAAGAACCUUCUUGAAAUUUGCCUCUCUUCCAUCAUGUGGCUUUGUAGCUCAAUCAUUAAAUAGUAUCUGGGGGUAUGGGUUUGGAUCCCACCAAAACCAGAAUUUUUUCAGGGUUUUUUUCUCUGCAAGUGCUAAAAUUGCAACUCAACUGUGAUACUCAUUUCUUGACUUCAUGGAAUUGCAAUUUAAUGACAUUCAUUAUGAAACUGCAUAAUUAUUAAUCUAAUCAGUCAUUACACAGGAUGGUCAGGACCAAUAUUUAAUUGCCAAUACAUCAAACAUAAAUGAAACAUCUAAAAUAAUCAUAGUCCUGCAAUCAGAGUUACAGAAGUGUCAUUCAUUAUCUGAGAGUGGUUGUAAGAAAUCAAUCACUCAUCAAAAAUGUGCAACUCAUCAAUUGACUAGUCAUUUUUUCAAGGCUAUUGUGACAAUGUAUUUUGAUGUUAUAUUGUAUUUGUAAUAAUACUGUAAUAACAAAUAUAAUAAUAUGUCAAUACACCCCUGUCCAUUGAGACAUUGAAAUAAUAACAAUAAUAAUAAUAAUAGUAAUGAUAUUAUUAUUAUUAUUAUUAUUAUUAUCAUUAUUAUUACAGUAAUGUAUGUUGAGAAGCAAUCCAAGUUUUUAACUUUAAUACUAAUUCUGAUUAUGACCUCCUUUCACCUGUAGUAUGAAGUUGAUCCCUUGAUGGAGGGCGUUGGACAAAGCCAACAAGCAAGUGGUGCAUCAUGCUAAUUGUGUACAUGCAGUUACUUGUAUUAAUUAAUAGAUUCCAUGUUGCUGUGCGCCUUUUCAGUUAUAGACCAUAGAUGAUGUCAAGGUGUGGUUAGAAUAAAAAUUUCGUACAAGUGGUGCACUGAAGUGUGUCACUUAUAUUCUUACCAUGUUUCACUUCAUCUGUGAUCUGUGGCAACUUGAAUAUGGUAAAAUAGCAAAAUGCUUUUAAUGGUGAUGUCAUCUAUGCAUCUGUCUUCCAAUAUAUCGUGAGAACCAAUCAAAGUGAAGGUAUGAUUUGGCAUAUAUAACGAUAAGUAGAUAACAAUUAUAGUAAUGUUGUGACCCAUGGGCUUCACAAUAAGCACUGUCUCUCAUGAUAGGAACCUUAAGCAGUUAGGACGGCAAAUUGCCAAGGGGACGUUAAAAGUAUAUAUUCAUAAUUGAAUUUAUAUUUUUAGUUAGAAUUUCGCCGUCGUAGUUUGCUAAACGUCCCUGAUAUGUUGAAAUCAACUGCUAUAUCACAAAAAAAUUGUUCUGAAGUGCUUCAUGUUGUUUACAAAACAACCCUUGUUACCAGAGUUUAUCAUUGUAGAAUUUCUCGAAAUGUAACGCUAGCAGUAGAGUAUGUCACGAAAUGCAACGCAUGUGUUCUGAAGUGCUUCAUGUUGUUCAAAAACAACCCUUGUUACUAGAGUUUAUCAUUGUAGAAUUUCUCGAAAUGUAACGCUAGCAGUAGAGUAUGUCACGAAAUGUAACGCAUGUGUAAUGUCACCGGAUCUCUUGAUUAUCACGUGACGCGUGUUGAAUUGUAACCUGUAAAGAAACCUGGUGGUUUUUCGGAUGCGUAGUUUUCUUUGAUGUUUUGAUCUAUUCAGUGGAACGUUUUCGAAGUAAAUUGUCUUAAAGAGUUAAAAAUUUGUGUUUGCGCAUUAUUUUAAAAUUAUCAUCAUCAGACUUAUGACAAGGCAUCAUCUAGAUUCUGCUUGGUUUGCUGCUGGGCACAAAACCAUCGCUUGCUUCUUACACUACAGUGUUCAGUUUCCGGCCUUUCUGAGAUCGAGGGUAUUUUAAUAUCUUACCAGUGCACUGGAAAAAAAAAUGCCCUCUCCAAGUUAUAUAUUUUCUUUUUUUAAGUAAAGCUGCUUUUUACAAAACUUGAAUAUUUUCUUGUGUGUAGCUAUCAACAUAAAAGAAAGUUCGUUAAAGAAAUUAAUAUGACUGUCUCUAGAUGCAUCAAUUAUUGAUUCCUUUUCUUUUCCUGAUUCGAAUAGACAUCUGCAUGAUUCCUUGGGUGUGCAAAACAAUUAGGGACCUUUAGCAAACCACGACGGCGGCGGCAACGAGAACGAGGCUAAACAAAGGAUCUAAUGAGCAGAACAUUAGCUCAGCACGUGCGUUUUUAAACUGUGUUCAUUUCCUCGCCGUCCUAUGCAAAAUGAUAGCGUGAACUCGUAAACAUCUGCGUGGUCUGAGAAAGGAAACCCCGACGAUAAAUUAGUCAAGUUUCUAUAUUGAACUCAACGUUUCUCUCAUGCAUUAUUCUAUGGUUAACUUGCGGAACCGUAAGAGAUCGUAAACACAUCCAGCCAUUCGCGAAGUUCCAACUAAAAAUAUACCGUUCAUUGGCGUUGCUGUCCUAACUGCUAAAGGUCCCUAAUUCAUUAUACGGGGAAGGGGGGAGGUGGCUAUGGAAGAUUGCACAAGGCUCAAUACUUAAAGUAGACGUAUAACGUAUGGCUGGAAACUGGAUAAGAUACUGUAACACUGUAUGAUAAGACGGUUCAAAUAAUGGCAAUUCCUUAACGAAAUGGAAUUUAAAACUGUUUAUUGCCGGGAAAGGGGGGAGGGGUUGAGGGGGUGUCACCAUACCCGUACGGGCCACCAUCCAAUCUUAUGAGAAAGCUAUCCUCUCUUAUAUGACGCCCAAGCAUUUUACUUCGAGUUAUUUGGGAAAAAAUUUUCUAAAAAUAAGCCUCCCACCUACCCUAAUACAUAAACAAAAACAUUAACAAAGUAAGUAGCUACUGCGUUGUUAAUUCGAGCUAGUUGUGUUUUGUACAAAAUAUAUUUGUUUGUAAACUUUUAUAUAUAUAUAUUGUUUGUGCGCAAUUUGCAGUUUUUUUAACUAGUUAUUUGCUAACUGUAUUUAAUACUCACUGUAACUGGCCA